AUGGUGAAACAUGUCAAUGUCGCAGCUCCUUUCAACCCAGUACCACAACUCAAUGAUCGUACAAUCUUUGACAAGACCACCUUAUUUCAUGGUAUCAACCUCCGAACACAACCAGUAUUAACAAAGCGAGGCAGGAAAACCAACAAGAUCGUAUCACGUAUCUUUGUCAUCUUAGACGGUUACCUCUUUUACUUUCAGCAUUCGGCUGCUACGGCCCCGUGUGGAGUUCUAGCAUUACAGAAUGCAGAAUAUUUUGUACAUUCGUACGCAUCAUCGGCAAAGCCUGGAAACUUUUGCGUUGAAUUGCAAUCUCCAUUACGAGUCUGGGGAACGCUUAUUCUCCAUUUUCAUGGAUAUACUGCAAUGGCCUUUCAGAACAUCAAACAAAUGAUCAAUGGUGCAGGCGCGAAAUUUCGUCAGAAUCAAUUCACAGAGAACGGAAUAGAGCUUGACUCUACUCGACGCAAUAACAAAGUACAAAAGGCGUCGCGUUUGAUGACGCUUUCCAGCCUUUCAAACCUCAUUCCACAAUGGGCUCGUCGAAAUCGAAGCCCUCGCAGUAGUAAUCAUGAAGACAGUAUGUUGGUGUCGGAGAGUGAGCCUGAGUUGGAGGCUACGAACGUACAGGUUGACAGCAACAUGGUCGUCUGUCGAGGCAUGAAUGUGUUGCGCUCUAGUCUUCACAAAGGGAAUUCUCAAAACACAAAUGCCAUGAAUGAGCCUGUUGAAACCAGUAACAAUGUAGCACAUUCUACGAGAUAUCAGGACUCACCACGCACUAGACUAUCGUAUGCACAAAAAGCGUUCCCACGCCGUUUUUUAAACUCUUAUGAACAGGAAGAAAUCGUGACGGAACGGAAUAUAAAUCCCGAACAUUGUCACGAGCUCUGUGUUAAUGGGUAUGUAGAGACUGCCGGUCGUAGUCUCUCUCUUUUAAUCAAGCCUGGGGAAGAACAUAGGGACCUUUGUUCGACACAGCAGACAGAUACUGCGCGACGUUUUUCAGUGGUUGUACAAAGUACUCAGCAACCUCUCGGUUCACGUAUUCGCUUCGUCUCUGCUUCGGAGCCGUUGUCUGAACCAUUUGAUAUCGUUACGAUGACUAUGGCUCAUGAAGGAUAUUUAUCAAUACAAGACCAUCAACAGCAGAGACGAUCAAUCUGCGUUCAUGACUCACAAUCUAUUGAUGUGAAAAGCUCUGUAGUAUCUACCAGGUGUUCUUCCACCAGCAGACGAAGACUAAGUAGUGAAGCAGCGACUGCACAAACGAGCGAUGAUCAAACAUGUCGAUUAGCGCCAGUACGAGACAUUGUCAAGACAGAAGCAAGUCAAUGUGAACUGAUUGAUCCAGUCGGACUUCACCCCGCUACUGUCAAUAGUUCAAUUGUAUCGAACCCUGCAAGCAGUCCAUCGAAAUCUCACUCUCGCCUAUUGUCACCAACGUCGCUUCCGCAAAAGGCCAAGGCUAUCGCACACCGUACAGCGUCUCCUACCACACCACUAUCAUCUCCCGUCUCUAAGAAUGUCCAUCCACUAUCGCCUGGAAAGCAGAUUCUAGUUCCAGUUCCCAUGACGGAUAUUCGACUGGUUCAAGCUGUGAGUAUUGCCGAGAGUUACAGUGGUGGGUAUAUGCUGCGCCAGUAUGAACCACUUAAAGUCAUUGGUCGUGGUGGGUUUGGUCAUGUGAUGGUAGCUCGCCACUUGCCUUCAGGCGCAUUAGUGGCAAUCAAAACGCUUAAUAAACGAGUCAUCGCAGCACAGAACCAAAUUCAAUUGUCACGAGCAGAGAAGACAGUGCUAACUCGGUGUCGUGAUCAUCCGUUUAUUGUUAAGAUGCACGCAUGUUUCCAGACUAUCGAGCAUUUACACUUAGUGCUUGAUUAUUGUCCAGGUGGCGAACUGUUUUUCCAUCUAUCGCAACGUGGUCAAUUUACUGAACCAGUUGCUGCUUUUUACGUCGCAGAAGUUCUUUUAGCACUUGAACACUUGCAUGAUCAUGAUAUUAUUUACCGAGAUCUCAAGCCUGAAAACAUCCUUCUUGAUCAGCAAGGUCACGUUCGUCUUGCCGACUUUGGAUUGUCAAAACCAGACGUGGACGACUGGACACUAGCCAUGACUUUUUGUGGUUCAAAAGAUUAUAUUGCACCGGAAGUGCUAGCACUUAAUGAACGAUCGUCAACCUCUUCUGUGCGAGGGUAUGGAAAGACAGUGGAUUUCUGGGCACUUGGUUGUAUGCUAUAUGAACUUUUGACCGGCCAACCACCGUUUUAUACUGCUACAAACAGAACACAAUUGUACGCACUCAUUAUGGAGGGGACCGUCUCGUUUCCACCUACUAUGAGUAAAGAAGCGCGCGACUUGAUUCAGAAUUUACUUCAAAUUGAUCCGACAGAACGACUGGGUGCUCGUCGAGCAGCGGGUGGUGGUGUAGCGGGCAUUAAACAACAUGCGUUCUUUUCAAAACAUCACAUUGACUGGACGAAAUUGCUUAAUCGAACUCUGCAUGCUCCACCACUUCGUCCUCGGGCAGGAGCAUUCGUAAACUUUGAUGCAGAAUUUACAUCCAUGACAUUGAGAGGCAUUGAUCAUAUGGUGAAGUUUCCAGAGAAAAUUCCGAUGGAGUAUCAGCUUUUUGAUAACUACAACUGGGAGUCGCCGAAAACGGAAUAA